AUGGAGCGCUUCAGGAACUUGUUGGGCGGAGGUGGCAUGGGCUUGGGAGGAGUUACGCCUGGCACAGACAACACCAGCCUAAUCGAUAACUCGGAAACCGUCUACAUCUCAUCCUUGGCCCUGCUGAAGAUGCUCCGGCACGGCCGCGCCGGUGUGCCGAUGGAGGUCAUGGGCCUGAUGCUGGGCGAGUUCGUCGACGAUUUCACAGUCAAGGUCAUGGACGUGUUUGCCAUGCCACAGAGCGGUACAGGCGUUAGUGUUGAAGCUGUCGACCCUGUGUUCCAGACCAAGAUGAUGGAUAUGUUGAGGCAAACUGGAAGACCGGAAUCAGUCGUUGGGUGGUACCAUUCGCACCCUGGCUUUGGCUGCUGGCUGUCGUCGGUUGAUAUCAACACCCAGCAAUCGUUUGAGCAGCUGAACCCGCGUGCGGUGGCAGUAGUCGUCGACCCCAUUCAGUCGGUCAAGGGCAAGGUUGUGAUUGAUGCUUUCCGACUCAUCAACCCCCAGCUUCUGAUGAUGGGCCAGGAGCCCCGUCAGAGCACGAGCAACCUCGGCCACCUCAACAAGCCGUCCAUCCAGGCGCUGAUCCACGGACUCAACCGACACUACUACUCGAUUGCGAUCAACUACCGCAAGACGGCGCUGGAAGAGAACAUGCUGAUGAACCUCCACAAGCACGUGUGGACAGAAGCUCUGGAGAUGGACGACUUCCGGACGGAGGGACAGAAGAACAAGGAGCGGCUGCAGAGGCUGGUCAGCCUGGCAGACGGCUACGAGAAGAGAGUCAAGGAGGAGACGGAGCUGACUAAGGACCAGCUCAAGACCCGCUACGUUGGCAAGCUGGAUCCCAAGAAGCACUUGGAGGACGUUGGUCAGGAGCUGAUCGAAGACAACAUUGUGUCGGUAUCAAGGCAGAUGAUUGACAAGGAGGCGACAAUGCCCAAGAAGAAUGGAGCUCUGGGGGUGGCUGCCCAAUCCAACGGCGAUCAGAUGGAGACGGAGGAAGAGUUAUAG